AUGACCCACUCUAUCUGGAACGACUUAUGCAAGCAACCUGUUAUUACAGCUUCCACUCACAAAUAUACAAAGCUUGUCAACGAUGCAACAACACAAUUGCCACAACCCAUUGACUCCAUCAUGACAACUCUCAAUGAACGCGCCAUGGGGUUGACAAAAUGCGCCAACUUCAAUGCUGCCCUUCGCGACGCCCAAGUUAUGCAACAGCUCUCGCCUUCUUCAGCACUCGGUUACUUGCGUGAAGCCGCCAUUUACAAUGAACAAGGAAAACGGCGUCAGGCUGUCGACAUCUGCCUCAAGGGACUCAAUGUUGUUGAUACAAACGACCCGCACUAUGCUAUGCUGCAGAGAAUCAAAGACGAUUCAGAACAUCAUGGGAGCAAACGAAUCGACUUUAUCAAGCAACUACCAGUUGACAUUGUUACCACAAUCAUUGUUCCACUGCUUGUGGAUGACUCACCUUUACCAUCAUUGAUACCAUGCCCUUAUUUGCACGUGUCCAAUCUAUGGCGUGAUUGCAUUCUUCAAUGUCGCAAGGGAUUACGUUUCGAGACUGGCUACCACGAAGAGGAAAAGGAUAUGGAAAAGUGCUCGCAAUUGAUCAGAUUUUGUCAGCACAUCAAGGCAUUGCAUGUACCUCGAUAUUCCAAAGGACGCUGGCUACAACGUUUAUUACGUGACAAUGACUUUCGCUCUUUGCAUGAAUUAUACAUUCACAACUUUUACAGCGUCUAUAUUGAUGACUUUGUUCCCUUAUUGGAAUCAAUCAACAGCACAUUGACCCAUUUGACAAUUCACGGAGCACGGCACAACCUACUUUGCUUGACCGAGAUAUUAACUGCCUGCCCGAAUCUCGUUUCGCUUACCCUAUCCCAGAACGAUAAUGAUGACUUGAGCCACCUUCCAAUGACAACAUGGCCGAAUAUGGAGACAUUAUCCAUUGAGUGUUCAGACGCGGAUGUUACUGAGGAUGAGAUCAUACGUCUAUGCAAGUGUUUCCCGUCACUCAAAAUGUUUCAUCUCUAUCCAUGCUAUGAUAUCAAAUCCGCACUGGUGGUCCCACAAUACUGCCCAUUGUUGAAAAGCGUUGAUCUUGAGAUAUAUAUGGUCUAUGUGGCCGUGAUGUACACGAAUGAGAGCAGUGGAUACGAGGAGAUGUCGAUGAGGAAGCUUUCUGUCAACAUCGAUGAUUGGGAUGAAGAUGACGACUUGCAGGUGGAUAUCGGCACGAUUAUUAGACAGCAUCAUACAACAUUGGAGGACAUUGAGUGGCAUAUUCACCCCGAAAGAGACUAUGAGGACCUCUACCACCUCCAAUACCCACAGCUCAAGAAGCUGGAGUUAUCCAGUUCUGGAUCAUGGAUACUACGCAAUGCGCCCAUAUUGGAAGAAUUGAGGAUGUCAUCAAGAGCAAUCAACAACGACCCUGCAAUGCUCAAUACAAUACCUCCCCGUUCGAAAAAGCUUGAACUCGAAUUAGAUGAUGGGAUCGAAAUUGAAGACAAGGACGACAUAGUACGAUACCUCCAUCGCGUCUCUGAUCAAUGUGCACUACAUGAAUUUGCUAUCCACGUCAACAACCCAAGCACCUUUAGGAAUGUCCUUGAUGCAACUUGUCGUUUGAAUACGCUUCAACGUCUCAUGAUGGGUGUACGCGGGAAUUGGGACCUAUACCAGAUGGAACGAUCCUUUGACAGCCUUGUGAAUGGAUGCCCUUAUCUAUCGUGCCUUGAAAUUGAUUGCAUGAACGCACCAUCGACGUAUUCCUUGGAUACCUUGAAACGACUUGAACGCCUAAAGCAAUUUGCAUUUUGCAUCAUGGACACGAAUGGAUACGACAGCCUUUGGCAUUCGAUUCGAACCUUUUCACAGCUCCAGUGUAUACAAAUACACCCUGCCAAUGCAGUCAACAAGUCUGUAAUUCGAGAUCUCAAGGAACAGAGACGUGACAUGAAGGUCAUUGUGGAUGAAAUAUUCAAGCGCUUCUGA